UAAUACUAAAUAGAAUUAUUUUGACGGUUUUAAUAUCUUAUAACAUUAUUGGUUUGAAUUGUUUAGUUUUUUAAAAAACGAAAAUUAAAUAAUUGAAAUAUUUUAUAUUUUAGUUCGUUGGUAAAUUUUUUACGAAAACUAUAGUCGUGUCUAACGAGCAAUGGCAGAUAUUUCUUCCUUAUCUCUUGCAGAUCUUUACACGUCAGAGAAGUUUGGUUCUGAUGAAAGUGGGGAUGGAUCAGAGGCCAAACCGUUUAAAACGGUUCUAAAAGCCAUGCAAUUUUCUGCCAAAGGAGAAGUUUCAGAAAAUUUUCCUCCAAUUUUUGUGGACUCCAAAGAAGAUGGAAAAAAAUUUGAGCCGAUAACAAAAUCACAACUGAAAAAAUUCAAGAAGAUGUAUGUUGCACAGGCCUGGAAGCAAAAAGAGAAAGAGGAAGCUGUUGCUAAUUCUGUCCCAACUUAUUCAGAAUCUCAAGCUUUAGAAGAAGCAAAAAAUAUCAAAAUUGAAUUAGACACUUCACUUCCGGAACCUCUUAAGAUUAAAAUCAAAGACAGUACUGAUCAUAGAUGUAAAAGAGUGAAAAUAUAUGGGUGGGUUCAUAGACUAAGAAGGCAAGGAAAGUCUUUGACAUUUAUUAUUUUGAGGGAUGGAACUGGCUACUUGCAGUGUUUGCUGACCAAUAAAUUGGCCCAGACUUACGAUGCGUUGGUGCUGUCCUGCGAGUCUACAAUAUGUCUUUAUGGUACCAUCAAGGAAGUUCCAAAGGGACAGACAGCACCAGGUGGCCAUGAGCUGACAGCAGACUACUGGGAGUUGGUUGGCUUGGCUCCACCUGGUGGCGCAGAUAACAUUCUGAAUGAGGAGGCUCACAUUGAUGUUCAGCUUGAUAAUAGGCACAUCAUGAUCAGAGGAGAAAAUACAUCUAAAUUCCUGAGGUUGAGGUCCAGUGUUACGCAAGCAUUUCGAGAUCACUACCACAGUAGAGGGUACAUUGAGGUAACCCCACCUACUCUGGUUCAAACUCAGGUAGAAGGAGGGUCAACACUUUUUAAGUUGGAUUAUUUUGGUGAGCAGGCCUAUCUCACUCAAUCGUCACAACUUUACUUGGAAACCUGCUUGCCAUCAUUGGGAGAUGUUUUCUGCAUCACUCAGUCGUACAGAGCUGAACAAUCUAGGACGAGAAGACAUUUGGCUGAGUACAUGCAUGUUGAGGCAGAAUGUCCUUUCAUAUCAUUUGAAGAUCUGCUCGACAGGCUGGAAGAUUUGAUAUGUGAUGUGGUUGAUCGUGUUCUCAAAUCAUCUGGAGCACUCCUUCAUGAAGUCAACCCUAAAUUCCAAGCUCCAAAGAGACCAUUCAAAAGGAUGGAUUACAAGGAUGCCAUUGAGUAUCUGAGAACUCACAACAUCACUAAAGAGGAUGGAACAUUCUAUGAAUUUGGAGAUGACAUCCCAGAGGCGCCAGAAAGGAAGAUGACAGAUGAGAUAAACGAGGUAAUCAUGUUGUGCAGGUUCCCUGCUGAGAUCAAAUCCUUCUACAUGCAAAAGGACAAAUUAGAUAGGAGAGUCACUGAAUCAGUUGACAUAUUGAUGCCUGGUGUUGGUGAAAUUGUCGGUGGAUCGAUGCGUAUGGACAAUGCAGCUGAACUGUUAGAAGGCUACAAAAGAGAGAACAUUGAUCCAACUCCGUACUACUGGUACACUGAUCAGAGAGUGUAUGGCACAUGUCCACAUGGAGGAUACGGUCUCGGACUGGAGAGAUUCCUGACGUGGAUGUUUGAUAGGUACCACAUCAGAGAUGUCUGUCUAUAUCCGAGAUUCAUACAACGUUGCAAGCCAUAAGUCUACAUACAGUGCAUGUCAUAAUGUCAGUGCCGAUACUAAUGUACUGUAUUAAGUAUUGAACUGUUCAUAUAUAAUGAUGGUGGACGAUUUCAUUUUGAAUUUAAUAGCAUUUGGCAAUUAUUGUCUUAAUGUAAGCUAUAGAUAAUUAAGUUGUCUGUUACUAAAUCAUUUUUAUUUGUUGCUACGUUAUUAUAUUAAGUAAUAGUUUUAUUUUUAUGAAUUUAAUACAAUAGGCAGUUUCAUAGGAAAAAAUUUAUUCUCGUUUCCUUUAACAAUCAUUCAUUUUAAUAUCAAAUAAAUUAUAUUCAAUUAUUAUUUUGUAUUUUAUGAAAAAAUGAAUUGGUAUCAAAAUCUGAUGUUCAGUUAUUAAUGAAUGUGACAUUGGAAUUAUUUUUGGAAGGCAUCCAGUUGUUCUCUAAUUUCUUUGAUUUUUGAUCUCAAGUAAUCUGCUUUGGACAUCCAAUGUUUGUAACUGGCUGAUUCAGCUUUUAGUUGUUUCUGUGUCCUCGUCUUCUGAGCCGAGUUUCUUUUCUGUCAAUAUAUUGUCGAGUGUUGUCGUUUGAAUUUUUCAUGAUUUUAAAUAAAAAAUUGUAGAUUAAUAUGAUUAACACUAUGAGUUAAACUGACAUUAAUAACUUCUAUUGACUGCUUCAAAGAGUUCUGCAUGUCAUCUUCUACAGAAAUCUGAGAAAUAUUACGCUCAAUUAUAGGCUUUAUCAUAAUAUUGAACAUUUCGCUCAACAAAUGCAACCUUUGUUAAUAAUUGAUCAAUAUCAAUUUCAACUUUCUCUAAAUUCACCAAUUUCCUUGCUGUUGGUUUCGAAGAGUUGCAAUCAUCUG